UUUGGGAGUUUUUAUGGUGUACGGGCAGUGUGUUCAAAAUCCAAAAGUGUUUGUGAAAAUUGCUGGGAUAUUUCUGUGACUUCACUGACGCUGUGGUGGAGCUUGUGUUUUCUGGCGCUUGCAUAUGGUUGUACAACAACUGGAGUUGGUUUGUGAAGAAGUUUUGCAGCAAGGGCGGUAGAAUUUUGCGGACGAUGGCAACUCAAGAUCCAAGAAUUAGGCAGAUAAAAAUCAAGACUGGUGUCGUCAAAAGACUUGGAAAAGAAAAGGGUCUUUAUGGAAAAGAAGUAAAAGAACAAGAAGAAAAAAUAGAGAAAAUGAAAGCUGAACAAAAAGAUGAAUAUGAUAUCAAAAAGCAGAUAGAAGUACUUAAUGAGUCCAGGAGGAUGAUCCCAGAUUGUACAAAACGGUUGCGCACUGCACACAAUGAACUUUCUCAGCUUCUGGAGAAGGAACAGGACUUGGCUGAAACAGAGGAAUUCAUAGCAGCUAAGGAGGUUCUUCAAGUAACAACUGUUGAGUAGGUCAGUGAAAUACCCAGCACUGCUUCAAAGAGCUUCAAAGGAACUAAAAAGAAUUUUCAUAGCUUCAGAUAAGUCAGUUAAAGAUUUCCUAUGUGUUUGUUGGAGUUUUCAUUAGUUCUAAGCACAGGAUCAAUUUGGGAAGAUGAAAGCACUUGCACCAUUGCAUGUCUUUCUUUUGAUGUAAAUGAUUAAAUCCAACCUACUAACAAUGGACAGAAAUAUAGAGAUGAAGA